CGGGACGUUCACGACGCUUCCUGGAAACUCACAAUCGCACCUACGCGCGCGGUCCCAUGUCCACAGCGGUGAAGGCUCGUCCAACGCAGGCCCAAGCAGCGGCGGUCGGUCGCAUAUUCCUGCGGGAAUGGGUGCUGGUUGCCGCCCUGAUCUUUGGAGGGUGUUGUUCGAACGUGUGGACCCUCGAACUACUAGUAAAGAGCCAACCGAAGAGUGGGAACCUCAUAACGUUCGCCCAGUUUCUCGUCGUUGCUGUCGAAGGGCUUUUUCAACACCUUGAAUGGCGGUCCGGGUCUUCAGGAUUCCCAUUAGGGCUGAAGAAGAGGGUCAUUCCACUGAAGUACUGGAUAGCGAUGGUGACGCUGUUCUGGACGGUGUCGAUCUUGAACAACUAUGCGUUAGGCUUUCGAAUAGAAAUGCCCUUGCAUAUCGUGUUUAGAUCGUUGGGGCUGUUUGUUAGCAUGUUGAUCGGCUGGGCGCUGUUCGGGAAAAGCUUCUCACAACAACAAGUAGCUGGCGUCGCCCUGGUCUCCAUCGGCGUGCUUAUAUCCACCUACAGCUCAGCCGUCGCAGCUCCCUCCAAAUCCAACGCGGAUUCCGCCGUCCCCGCCACCCCUCUAUCAGAAUGGAUAGCCGGUCUCGGCAUUCUCUCCCUCGCUCUCAUCCUCUCCUGUUUCCUUGGACAGCUGCAACAAACCACCUAUGCAAAGUACGGACGGGCAUGGCGCGAGGGCUUGUUCUACACGCAUUUCCUGGGAUUGCCCGCUUUCGUGCUGUUCUAUAGCGACCUCAGGCAGCAAAUGGCGGUGUACAAUGAGUCACCGCUCGUACCUGUGCUGGAGCCUGUGCUGGGUAUGCUUGGGCCGGUGGAGAAUAUGGAUAUGCUUGGAGGGAAGGGCGGGGUGCUUGGGAGUGCGAUAGGAGGGGUGGGUGCGAUAUGGGAGGAUGUGAAAGUCCCGAGGUUGUGGGCUUAUUUGGCGCUGAAUACCAUUACCCAGUAUGUCUGCAUAGCUGGAGUACAUCGGCUCAGCUCCAUGGCUUCCGCCGUCACACUGAAUCUGAUACUAAACGUGCGAAAGUUUGUGAGCCUCGUGAUAUCAAUCCUCGUAUUCGACAACGAGUUCACACUAGGCCACUGGCUCGGAACAGCGGCGGUGUUUCUCGGCACUGCUGUAUACUCCCAGAGUGGCGUGCCAAAGAAGAAGACUACAUGAAUAGAGACUCCUGGCUACCUAAUGGAGAGAUGUUGAUCGCACAACGAAGAUCGCAUAGAUACGAUGUAGAUAGAAUCGCAGACUACUGCUGCCGCUCUCAGCUUAGAUGAUAACAUAAGUGGGCCAUGAAGCAAAGAUCUCCCAUGUGCGAUGACGGAACGAGUAAUAUUAAUCCUUGAUCACCAACGGCUCAUACCGUCUCGUCAACAAAUUGAACAUACUG